AUGGCCGCGCCCAAACGAAAGAAGUCGGGCAUCUCCAUUGGACAGCCCACUCCCGAGUCUGCCAAACCCGCUCCCGAUCAUCCGGCUCCACGCCGGUCCGCUCGACACAUCAGCGACGUAAAGCCAGUCACCAAGCCCGGCGCCGCCAUGAGUCCCACUGAAUCCGACCUCGCCAAGGACCAGCCACCGGCAAAGCGCCGUCAGCUGAGUCGUAAAAAGGCCGAGUCGGAGAAUGGCGUGCGCUGUGCCAUUAGAGAACUUACCGAGAUGGAAAAUCGCUUGCAGAAUUCUACCAGAACCCAGCGUCUUGCUAUCGAGGCAAGCAAUGUCCCGCCUGGCCAAACCAAACCUCACUCAGAAGAUUACGCCUACAAACCUCACUUGGCAGUUCAUGCCUCCGAUCCAGAGAAACUCGCCCGCAUGGCUGAAGAGGAAAGGUCCGGAACUCCAAGCCUGGACGCCGCUCCUAUCGAGGGUCCGGAUGGUGAAGCCGCUGUCGGUGACGUCGAGGAAGACAAGAUCCUUGUCGAGAAUGCCCCGGAGAGAGGCGCCGGACGGGAGCCACCCGUAAACAGCGACUAUCUGCCUCUUCCAUGGGCUGGAAGGCUGGGCUACGCUUGUCUCAACACUUAUCUCCGCGCCGCAAACCCACCUGUGUUCAGUUCGAGAACUUGUCGCAUAGCAUCCAUUUUGCAACAUCGUCACCCCCUUGCGGAUCCAUCUCAGCCGGAGCAUGCAACCAAGAAUCGGCCUGACGAGAACCAGCCUGCGGAUAUCGAGCGCGGUCAGAGAUACGUCCAGGAGUUGGGUUUGGCCAACGCUCGGGACAUUGUCAAGAUGCUUCGUUGGAAUGACAAGUACGGCAUCAAGUUCAUGCGACUGAGCUCAGAAAUGUUCCCGUUUGCUAGUCACGAGGAAUAUGGCUACCGUCUGACCCCUUUCGCUGCGGAGGCUCUUGCAGAGGCAGGGAACGUGGCCGCACAGUUGGGCCACAGACUUACGACGCACCCCGGCCAGUUCACCCAGCUCGGUUCACCUCGCAAAGAGGUCAUUACGGCCGCGAUUCGAGAUCUGGAAUACCACGAUGAGUUACUCGGCCUCCUCCGCCUCCCGGAGCAGCAAAAUAGAGACGCAGUGAUGAUCCUACACAUGGGCGGUACUUAUGGAGACAAGGCAUCCACACUGGAUCGAUUCCGCGUCAACUACGCCAAGCUGUCACAUUCCAUCAAGAACCGCCUUGUUCUAGAGAAUGACGAUGUUGCAUGGUCCGUCCACGAUCUUCUACCUAUAUGCGAAGAGCUUAACAUCCCCAUGGUUCUUGACUUCCAUCAUCACAACAUCAUUUUCGACGCAGGCCAGUUGCGUGAGGGUACCGAAGAUAUCAGAAAGAUUUACGACCGAAUCCAGGCUACGUGGACUCGCAAGAACAUCAAACAAAAGAUGCAUUACAGCGAGUCGUGUCCAGGCGCCACCACACCUCGCGACCGAAGAAAGCACUCUCCGCGCGUACGCACGCUGCCGCCCUGUCCUCCCGACACAGAUCUCAUGAUCGAAGCCAAGGAUAAGGAGCAAGCUGUAUUUGAGCUCAUGCGCACAUUCAGGCUUCCGGGAUGGGAUUCGUUCAAUGACGUGGUUCCUUUUGAGCGGCUAGAUGAAGUUCGGGCUGACAAGGGGGCCAGUAAGAAGGACAGUAAGAAGAAACCCAAAAAGUCCACAAAAAGGAAAAGUGAUGACGAAGAGGGCGAGGAACCAGAGGAACCUGUUUCCAUUGACGUGGAAGCGAAGACCGUAGCCCCUAAAGACUUCGGCAUGGGCGGUCCGCAACAUCGGGUCUAUUGGCCUGAGGGCAUGGAAGAAUGGCUCAGGCCCAAGAAGCGAGAGGUGAAGAAAGCGAAAUCGACACAGGUGAAGGAAGGGAUCAAGAAGGAGGAUGACUAA